AUGGCAAAUUUUCCCGCGCCACGAGUGGAUAUUGAAGCUAAAGAACCCAUGCCCACAGACCAAUCUAUCCAGCUGGAGGAACAAGAAAACCCGAGACGCUGGCCAGCGGGGAAGAAAUGCAUGGAUCUCAUCUACACGGCCGCCAUUCCGUCCAUUUCACAUGCGUACGGUUGCUCGUCAACAGUCGCUACGCUGGGUAUCACCACGUUCCUAUUGGGGUUCGCGUCCGGGCCCCUGCUGUUUGCACCUCUGUCUGAAGUCUGGGGUCGUAAUACGAUCUUCCGGGUUGUUCUGGGGCUAUUCGUCCUGUUCCAGAUUGGAUGUGCGCUAGCUCCAAAUGUCGCCUCGAUGAUCGUUUUUCGCUUCUUUUCGGGGUUCUUUGGAUCUCCCACGGUCACUAACUCUGGCGGGUCCAUCACCGAUAUCUGGCCGCAGGACAACCGGUCUGUGCCACUGGCCCUCUUCUCCGCGGCCAGCUUCCUGGGCCCCGUUAUUGCACCCACGGUGGGGGGUUUCAUCUGUCAGUACACAUCGUGGAGAUGGAAUUUCUGGGUGGUGCUGAUCCUCAGUGGUGUCUGCUACGGCGCCAUGAUGGUGUUUCUUCCCGAGACAUAUUCCCACAAGCUGCUGAUGGACAAAAAACGAUGCAUGCCGGGCUAUUCCCCAGCCAAGCAACCCCCAGUCAAGGAGAUGCUGUACACGACGCUGACGCGGCCCUGGCUAAUGCUCUUCACAGAGCCCAUCCUGUUUUUGCUUUCCCUGUAUAUGGCUCUUGUCUACGGUAUCCUGUACCUGGACUUCACAGCCUAUCCGGUUGUCUACCGGGAAACACGAGGCUGGUCCGCCAGUAUUGCAGGGCUUUCCUUUUUGGGGAUAUGCGUCGGCAUGGCCAUCGCCACCCUUAUCUCGCCAUACGUCAAUCGAAUCCAUGGCAUCUACGUGCGUCGCCUGGGAGGUCCUCAGCCCGAGGCUCGCCUCCCGCAUUUGAUUGUCAUCUCCUGGCUAAUCCCUGUCAGCUUGUUCUGGUUUGCCUGGACGGCAUCACCACCUACCCAUUGGAUCUCCGGCAUCGUUGCCGGUGUGCCCUUUGGGUUUGGCCUUAUCCUGCUCUUCCUGGGGAUCACGUCAUAUCUGACGGAUUGCUACGGCUCGUUUGGGGCGAGUGCGUUGGCGGCUAAUGCCGUGCUGCGAUCUCUUUUCGGCGCCGUGUUUCCCCUCUUCUCAACGUCGUUGUAUCAUUCCCUGGGGACAUCGUGGGCAACAAGUCUGCUGGGAUUCGUGGCUUUGGCGAUGGCGCCAUUGCCGUGGGUGUUUUAUCGAUUCGGGCCACGAAUCCGCUCGCGGAGCAAGUAUCAUCUGAGAACGAGGGAGUAUGAUCAAUAG